AUGGGCAAUACCCCCCGAACGCACACACCCUUCCCUGGGCAACCGGGAACCGGGUGGGUGGGUGUCAGGCAUCAGGGUGGGGAUGGGCACUGGGCAGGGGGAUUUGCUGCAGUCAGGGGCCAGGGUCUGCAGGCUUGUGCCAUUGCCAAGGGGCUGGUGAAAAGGCACCAGGGGCAGCGCCAGAGCACAACCUGGCCCUCGGAGUGUGAGCAGUGCACCUGUGACCCGGACGGCAUCGCUCGCUGCCUGGUGGCCGACUGCGCCCCCCCGCCCUGCGUCAACGCCGUCUACGAGACAAGCCAGUGCUGCCCCACGUGCCAGGAUGGUCCCAACUGCUACGCGGACAGGAGCCGGACGCGCAUCAUCCCCGCCGGAGAGGCCGUCUGGGUGGAGCCCUGCACCCGGUGCCGCUGCCACGACGGCCAGGACGCAGGCUACUGGGAAGGCAACCGGGUGGCCAAGUGCGAACUGCUCCGUAACUGCCACCCGCUGGACCGGCCCAACUCCUGAGCGCCCCCCUCCGGCUGGGCCGCAGAGCCCCCAGCCCUCCCUCCAACCCCUUCCCCCACCU